UAUCUGCUCCACUGCUCUGAUACCUCUUGCAUCUCUGAAAGAAAUGAAGACUCUGGGCAUCACUGUUGUUCUGGGACUACUGGUGGUGGUAUGGGCUCAGGUCAAUGUGCAACAGCCUCUGUGUGACUCCCCUGAGGCGGAGGAGGCUGCUCUGGUGGCUCAGAAUUACCUCAAUGCCCAGCACACUCAUGGCUACAAGUAUGCACUGAACCGGAUCGAGGAUAUUAAUGUCCUCACGAGGCCUGAUGGAGACAUCAUAUAUGGCCUGGAAAUUGACCUGCUCGAGACAGACUGUCAUGUGUUGGACCCCACACCUGUUGCCAACUGCACAGUCAGACCCAAACUGUUGACGGCAGUGGAAGGAGACUGUGAUGUGGUGCUGAAAAAGGUUGGCGGAGCUCUGACUGUUAUCGCAUUCAAGUGUAAAACAGAUGAAUCAAGAGAGGACCUCUGCUUGGGCUGUUAUUCCCUCCUGCCCCUAAAUGACACUGCAGGGCUGGAAUUUGCCCAUGCCUCCCUGGCAACCUUUAAUAACAAUACUGUGAAUGUAACUUACACUAUUCUGGAAGUUGGAAGGAUGUCAUCCCAGCUUGUGUCUGGUGGGCCACAAUAUUCAGUAGAAUAUGUCAUAGUUGAGGCGAAUUGCACUAAUGACGUCUGCGUGCCCCUGAAUGAACCCCUGGCUGAACGUGGCUUUUGCAUUGCCAGAGGUUCUCUCACUGCUCACGCAGUGGACUGCAAGAUGUUUAACGUUCUGAUGCCUGUUGUAGAUGCCAACAGCACUGCAGUGCCAGAUCCUGCUUUGCCACCAGCAGUCCAUGUGUUCACAGGCAGCCCAUCACACAAGCAUGGUCUAAGACACCAUAAACUGACCUCUCACCAUGACCCUCAUCUAAGCGGCCUUCUGUCUGCAGAAUCAGCAGAAUCAGAUGAAAUUGUACCAAUAGUCCCUGCAGUGGUUGGUGCCCCUGCUGCACCUGGUAACCCAGCUCCAGCUGGUGAUUCCACUCCAGCUGCUGGUCCCACUCUAGCAGCUGAUCCUGCUCCAGCUGUUGAAGCCACUCCAGCUGCUGAUGCUCCAGCUGCUGAUGCUCCAGCAGCUGAUUCUGGAUCAGCCUCAGAUUCCCCACACAGUAGUGAGAUCCCUCGUAUUUUGUUCAAGAGAGAUGUGGCUGUUACACCCGACCUGACAGUCGUUGACGGCCCUGGACCUCAAACAGACCCUAUUCUUCUUGUGCCAGCUUGCCCAGGAAGGGUUAGAUUCUUCAAGUGAACAGGUCCCACAGACUCUAUAUUUACCUCCUUCAGCAACACUGGUGCUAGCUUAACUUUAAUUGAUAUAUGAACAUGUGCUGUGGUAGGUAGAUGUAAUACUAGUACAUGUCCUAAAAAUGAGUAAUGAUCAACUGUUUGAAAUGACCAGUUUUUGAAAUAUCUGUAAAAUGGGUGAUAAACAUUUGCAUUUAAUGCUGCUGAAUAAAUCUCCUAAGUUGAA